AUGGGAUCAGAAUCAAGCAGGGCCGUGGCGGACGCAGCGGAUGCGAGGGACGCGCGCACCUGGUGGGCCUCCUCGGGGCCGAUCUCGCCGUCGCCGUCGUGGUCCGCGGCGUGCACGAAGCUCUCCACGCUCACCACCGGCGGGAGCUCUGCGCAUGCACACAAACCUGCUCGGAACGGAAAUGCUAGGGGUCAGCAGCAUUCUAGUGGUGACUUGUGUGUUCCCAAGAGUGGCAUCUGGGGAGUGGAGGAGAGGGAGGAGGGGAGCAGGGGGAUGGUGCAGCAGCAUGGAGGAAUCCAAUCCAACAUCGAGCUCCUGGACUUCGACUUUGAGAAGUUCUGCUCCGUUUCCCUCUCAAACCUCAACGUGUACGGCUGCCUUGUGUGCGGCAAGUACUUCCAGGGCCGCGCGCGCUCGUCGCACGCGGUGACGCACAGUGUGGACGCGGGCCACCACGUGUUCAUCAAUCUGCACACGGAGAAGGUCUACUGCCUGCCCGACGGGUAUCAAGUCUCCGACCCGUCACUGGAUGACAUCAAGAGUGUUCUCAACCCACGGUUCACGGCCGCCCAGAUAGAGCAGUUCGACCACAGCAAGCAGUGGGCUCGUGCAUUGGACGGCACGGACUACAUCCCCGGCAUGGUGGGUCUGAACAACAUAAAGGACACGGGGUAUGUGAACGUGAUCAUCCAGUCGCUCAUGCGAGUCACGCCUCUCCGCAACUUCUUCCUGCUCCCCGCCAACUACACGCCCGCCUCCCACUCGCCCGCCGCCCAACCAACUGCCCUCGUGCGCCGCUUUGGAGAGCUGGUGCGGAAAGUGUGGCACCCAAGGAACUUCAAAGGACAGGUCAGCCCCCACGAGUUCCUCCAAGCCAUCAUGCUCGCCAGUAAGAAGCGGUUUCUCAUAGGCCAGCAGUCCGACCCUCUCGACCUCCUCUCCUGGCUGCUAAACACUCUCCACGCGGACUUAGCUAAAAGCGCUGCUGCUGCAGCUAAAGCCGCGGGCAAAAAGGCGCAUCAUAUAAGCUCCAUAAUCCAGGAGUGCUUUCAGGGGGAGCUGGAAGUGAUUAAAGAGAAGUUUGACGGGCAGACCGUGACUGAAGUGGUGCGCCCGCAUCCUGCCCGAAUGCGGUAUCGGAUCACGCGGUUACCGCGGUACCUCAUCCUCCAUAUGAAGCGAUUCAAGAAGAAUAAUUUCUUCAUAGAGAAGAAUCCCACUCUAGUGAACUUCCCAGUGAAGAACCUAGAGCUGAAGGACUAUCUGCCACUGGAGGGCGUUGAAGGAGGGGGGAAGCUUCGCAGCAAGUACGACCUGAUUGCCAACAUUGUGCAUGAUGGCAAGCCGGGGGAGGGCUCGUACCGCGCGUUCGUGCAACGGAAAGCAGAAGAGGCUUGGUACGAGAUGCAAGAUCUGCAUGUUACAGAGACGUUGCCUCAAAUGGUGGCUCUUUCUGAAGCUUAUAUCCAGAUUUAUGAGCAGCAGCAGGAUUGA